AUGACUCUUUCUCACACAAUUUAACAUUAAGAGGACAUUUAAUGUUUAAAGUCAGAGAAUUUAUAAAUUGUCAUUCAGACCUCUGAAUAGGUUGUCUUAGAUAAAAUUGGAUGCAAGAAUUUAACUCUUGUUGUUGAGUAUGAAUAACAUAUUUACAUUUUUAGGGGAUUUUUAAAUUAUUAGCAUUACUCAACUUUAAUCCUAUCGUUAAACCAUUUGGAUUUGAGCAGUUUUAAAUUGAAAUAUGGAGCUAAUAAUCAAUUUUCAGAUGAAGAUGGAAGAAUUUUGGCUUAAUUUAUUCUAAAUUAAAAAAAUCUAAAAUCUCUUGACAUUCAUUUUGAUUUGAAUAAUCCAAUUAAGUAAAUAUCACCAAUUUUGGAAGCAAUAUAAAAUCAUGACAAUCAACUUGUGCAUUUAAAAUUAAAUUUCGAGGAUGAAUUACCACUUUGUUUGAAGGAUCUAUAAUUUAUUACAUCUAAAAAAUUGGAAUCCAUUUCGUUGUAGAUUGGAUAAGGCGUUUGCGUGAAUCAGAAUUGGUCACACUUUGAAGAAGCACAAAAGGAUUCGAUUCUAAAGGAAUUUACAUUGCUUAUUAGUCCAUUUAAUAAGUUAGAUACAUCAUUUCAUUCUUUCUUUAAAUGGUUGGCAUCAUAACCCAAUAUAGAAAAAUUGAAUCUAUCAAUAGGUGCUUAAACCGAAAUAGAUGAAUAAGCAAUCACUUAAUUAGGUUUAGCACUUUAAAAAAUUGAACAACUUAGACUACUCAAUUUGUUUUUGCAUGACACCAGAAAUUUAACAUAAAAUUCUUUUGAUUAAAUUGUGAAAUCAUUUGGAAAAUUAGAAAAUUUAGAAUUAAACUUAGGUAACAAUUAUGGCAUUAACAAUUAUGACAUCUUAUACAAAGAAGUAAAAAACAUAAAAUAAGUUAAAUUGUCUUUGGGAACUCAUCACAAAUUGAUUUCAAGUGAAUUAUUUUAAGAUUGCAAUAUUAAGAUAUUGGAUAUUAAGUUGUAGAAGGGUAGUACAAUAAAGCAAGGAAGCUUUAAAUCUAUUGAGCCUUUUCUUGAACGAACAGAGAAGUUACUUAUCGAAUUAAGUGAAGGAAAGGAUUGUUCAGAUUUGGAUUUAAUAGAUUUGAUAGGUCAAAUCACACCUAACAGUGACUUAAGAGUAACCACAAAUACAUAGUAGAUUAGAAAGAUCAAAUAGACACUUCAAAUUUAAUUGGAUACUAUUCAAUCAAUAAAAAUACUGUUUAACACUUUAAGUUAAAAAAUGGAUUUGUUUUAAAAUUUAAAAAUCUUCAUUAAAUCCACAAGUAUUGAGUAAGAGUCAGUAGAUUCAAUUAUUAAAUAAUUAUAAUAAUCCCAAUUAAAGGUUUUAAGUUUGAUAAUUAAGAAAAUAAACAAUUUUCAAUGCAAUUAGAUGAUAGAUUUAUUUUAGUAAAUAGUUGUUCUUAAAUAAUGGACAUUCUUGUCAAUUGAAGUUGUGUAAAAAUGUAUUAUGUAACUAUAUGGGAAAUCAUUGACUAAUCAAUAAGUGAAUUUUCAAGUGCAUUCAGGAUUGAAAUUAGGAUCUUAGGGGAUGGAAUAUAUAGCUAAGUCAUUGAAAAGCAUAAACAUCACAAAGUUAAGAUUAACAAUAUUAUUGGACAAUUCAUUAAAUGAGCAAGGAUUGAAAUAAAUCACUUUGGCGUUGUUAAAUAGUGUAAAUCUCUAGAAAGCAUCGCUUCAGAUUUUGGAUUCUAAUUAAUAAUUACAAUAGUAUAUGAGCAAAAUGCAAGCCACCAUCAACCAAUACAUCAAGGAUAAGACAAAGCUAUAGAAAUCCUAUUGUUUAUUUUUAUAAAAAGAACUUAACAAUAAUAAGAAAUAGAUAUCAUAACAGAUGUUGUCAGGAGUUGCAGAUUAUCUGAUUGAAGAUGUCGUAUUACCUGUUCCUGCAGCAGGACAGUAUCAUAAUCAACAAGGGGGAUUCGGAUCUAGUUGGAAUCCCCAAUAAAUCGUAGAGAUAUUUGGAUAAUGA